AUGGAUGACAUUCAUCAGCAAACGCUGUACGCAUUACUGCCUAUUUCAUUGAUUGGUUCAGUGCUAAACUGGGCAAUUUUCUAUGCAGUCAACAAGCUGGAAUGUUUCAACCAUUCUUUUGGAUACUUAUCUGCAAGCCAGGCAAUAGUAGAUGCCAUGCACUCAACCACUUUCCUUAUCUUUUUUUGUCCAAUGGUACUUUUAGACGAGCCAACAUUGAAAGCAAUGUCUCACCAUUGUGGAUUUGUACUUCUGCUCUGCUAUGAGCUCUCAGUGAUGAUUCAUCUCGCCAUUUCCCUGAAUCGCUUCUGCGCAGUGUGGGCUCCAUACAAGUAUCAAAAUAUUUUCAGUGAUAGAAACACUAAAAUAUUGAUUGGUUUUGUUGGGACGGUAACUGGAUCAAUUGCUAUAUACUUCUAUGAAGUUUCCUGCCAUUUUUAUUACGAUGAGAAAAUACAUUUCUUAACGUUCACAAAUUCCGAAUUCUGUGGAUACAUUGGCUGGUAUGGAGAUUUCUUGAAAAACGCUGUCAUCGUGGCAAUCGUUGUCUCAAUUGAUAUUCUUACAGUUGUCAAAGUCAAACAAAUGUCUAAGAAGAUUAGCUCAAGCAUUUCUGAUCAGGCACACAGUAAUCUAACUAGUCGGGAAAUCAGAUUUCUGAAACAGACUGUUACGCAAGGCUCUGUUUUCAUGUUGGAGCUUCUGACAUAUUUUUUCGUUCCCCGAUAUUUUGCAAACAGAUGGAUUGUAUUCUUUGCCACUUCCUUUGCCUGGGUUGCAGUACACGCCGUUGAUGGAAUGGUAGUGAUUCUCUUCAAUCCUGAAAUUCGGAAAUUCCUUCUUGGCAAAAAAGUCAAAAAUGCUAUAACUUCGACUAAUCAAACGUCAAAUAAUAAAGCACAUGCUUAA